CCUCGCUUAGCUCCAGUUCCCUUGUCUGUAACACAGGCACCUCAGCAGCACCCGUUGUGAAGGGGAAACGAGAUCACUCUCGAGACGUGCUUGUAGCUUAAGCCUGGCCCACAGUCGGCGGCCAUUAAACGUGUGGAGAGCAUUCCUUGGUCUGGCGUUCGGGGUCGGAGAGGAUUAAAUCAGAGUGAGCAGGUGACCCGGGCCGAGCAGGGACUCCACUAAGGCCGACUGAAAAGGAGCCACCCUCCGAUUGCUAACGCUGCUCGCUAGAGCGCCCCGCGAGCCCGGCUGCCUUUCUAGCCACGGCGACUCUGUGGUAGCGAAUCAGCGAGUGGCGGAAGCGGCCCGCCCCCUUCCUCCCGGUCCAACGGCCUGGCGAAGCUUCUGGGAAGUUCUCUGACGCGAGGCAUUGUGGGCUUGCUGGGCGGCCCGGACGCAGAGGAGAGAGGAGGAGGAGGCGUAGCGGGCUACUGAAUAAGCUUUCAAGAUGAUGCCAACACCAGUUAUCCUGUUGAAAGAGGGGACUGAUAGCUCUCAAGGCAUCCCCCAGCUUGUGAGUAACAUCAGUGCCUGCCAGGUGAUCGCCGAGGCUGUACGAACCACAUUGGGUCCUCGUGGCAUGGAUAAACUUAUUGUGGAUGGCCGAGGCAAAGCUACAAUUUCCAACGAUGGGGCCACAAUCCUGAAGCUCCUUGAUGUCGUUCAUCCUGCAGCAAAGACUUUGGUGGACAUUGCAAAAUCUCAAGAUGCUGAGGUUGGCGAUGGCACCACCUCAGUGACGCUGCUGGCUGCAGAGUUUCUAAAGCAGGUGAAACCAUAUGUGGAGGAAGGUUUGCACCCCCAGAUCAUCAUCCAAGCUUUCCGCACAGCCACCCAGUUGGCCAUUAACAAGAUCAAAGAGAUUGCUGUGACUGUGAAGAAGCAAGAUAAAGUGGAGCAGAGGAAGCUGCUGGAAAAAUGUGCCAUGACAGCCCUGAGUUCCAAGCUGAUCUCUCAGCAGAAAGCCUUCUUUGCUAAGAUGGUAGUUGAUGCGGUGAUGAUGCUCGAUGACUUAUUGCAGCUUAAAAUGAUUGGAAUCAAGAAGGUCCAAGGUGGAGCCUUAGAGGAGUCUCAGCUGGUGGCUGGUGUUGCAUUCAAGAAAACGUUCUCUUACGCUGGUUUUGAAAUGCAACCUAAAAAGUACAAUAAUCCCAUGAUUGCCCUUUUAAAUGUAGAACUUGAGCUGAAAGCCGAGAAGGAUAAUGCUGAAAUCAGAGUCCACACAGUUGAGGAUUAUCAGGCAAUUGUUGACGCAGAGUGGAACAUUCUCUAUGACAAGUUAGAGAAGAUCCAUCAAUCAGGAGCCAAAGUCAUCCUAUCCAAACUCCCCAUUGGAGAUGUGGCCACCCAGUACUUUGCAGACAGGGACAUGUUCUGUGCCGGCCGGGUGCCUGAGGAGGAUCUAAAGAGGACGAUGAUGGCCUGCGGAGGCUCCAUCCAGACCAGCGUGAAUGCUCUGACACCAGACGUGUUGGGCCGCUGCCAAGUGUUCGAAGAAACCCAGAUUGGAGGCGAGAGGUACAAUUUCUUCACUGGUUGCCCCAAGGCCAAGACGUGUACCUUCAUCCUCCGUGGUGGUGCUGAGCAGUUUAUGGAGGAAACAGAGCGGUCCCUGCAUGACGCCAUCAUGAUUGUCAGGAGGGCCAUCAAGAACGAUUCAGUAGUGGCUGGUGGAGGAGCCAUUGAGAUGGAGCUUUCCAAAUACCUGCGGGAUUACUCAAGGACUAUUCCAGGGAAACAGCAGCUGCUGAUUGGGGCAUAUGCCAAGGCCUUGGAGAUUAUCCCACGCCAGCUGUGUGACAAUGCUGGUUUCGAUGCCACAAACAUCCUCAACAAGUUGAGGGCACGGCAUGCCCAGGGUGGCACAUGGUACGGGGUGGACAUCAACAACGAGGAUAUUGCUGACAACUUUGAGGCCUUUGUGUGGGAGCCGGCUAUGGUGCGCAUCAAUGCCCUGACAGCAGCUUCAGAGGCUGCUUGCCUUAUCGUGUCCGUAGAUGAAACCAUCAAGAAUCCCCGCUCAACUGUGGAUAAUCCCCCAGCAGCAGGCCGUGGUCGUGGCCGUGGCCGUCCCCAUUGAGAGACACCCUCUCAUCUGGCUGGCAACUGGGUACAUUUGCUGUCCCUAGCUUGGUUAGUUGCUGUGAGAAGGAAGGGAUAGUAAUUGACCCAUUCGGUUCUCACUGGAGGGUAUUUAAAUAAAACUUAACAUUUAGAGCUAACUGUAAA